AUGCAGAUAUACAUAGUAUGGCGAAGCGUGCUGCAUCCACCGAUAAUCAACGUGCCCCAAAGCACGUCAGAAUUAGUAAUGAAGGGACUUGUCUGGCAGCGCGGUCACCCAAGGUGGAUGAAGACAGAAGAGGCAUUUGUAUCAUACCUGGGUGAUCGGUACUCAGCAGAGGACUGGAAGGAUGCGCUAGCCGCGUUAUUCUCUGGUGAUGGCGAUGAUAUAAUCGCAUUAGCAAAUCUUCACGCCCUUAAGGCCAUUUACAUAUGCCAGGCCUCUACUGUGUCAUUGAAUAUGACGAAGGCAGCUAAAGCCUCACCUGUAACUACAUCCAUGCCGAAGAGGAAUCGUCGAUCGUGUAGGCCAUUUAAUCGCUUCAUUGAUGACCAGGCAAGGGAUUCCGACGAGGAUGACGAUGAGGAGGAUAUACAUGGCUCCCCUGUGCAAGCGUCCAAUGUUACGUCUAUACUAGGUUUAUCUGCCAAGAAUAGGUUGGCCGCUGCGAUCAAUGAUAUCGUAGGCAAGUACCAAGAGAGACUGAGGCAUUCUUCAAGGGGAUGCCUUACAAAGCUGCCUGGUCCCCCGGCACAGUUGAAAAAAGGAUGUAUCUCCUUCCAGUUCAUAGUACACCUAUUUUUAAUCCUGUAUCAUGUCACUCAUUGCAUUACAGGAACUGCUACUCGAUAUAUCGCCGAACACCUUCAAAGCAAAGGAUUCUCUGUUACUGUGUCGCUUUGGGUGCCAGGCCAACUUCACGUGGUCUCGGAUAGCCCCAAAAUGAUUUCAGCCUCGCUUCCGCCCUCACAUAAUCUCUCGGUGAGAGAAUAUCUCUGCAUCUCAGAGGAGGAACACGAAGCGGUGGAACAUUCGAAUAUCAAACUUCCUAACCCGUCGUGGGUCAGGAUCAAGCAUGGCAAGUACAAGGACGCCAUAGUGUACGUGUUCGAUUCCGAGCAAUCCAACCUCUUUGUCAAGGUCCUGGUCCCUCCACGAGAUUUUCCUUAUCCCAUGCCUGAGGGAUCUGUCACACUGCUGGACUCUUCUCGCCUUCCGAAGGACAACACAGUGACCGACAUCAUUCACGGCGAGGAAGUUUCUGGGUGGGACACACCAUUCAUGAAGAGAUCGAUUAUGGCAUUUUCGAUGCAGUUCCUGCAUGCAGGAGAUGCAAUCAGGGUCGUCAAAGGAGAAGUUCAUUCAGAAAUCGGCACGGUCUUGUCGAUAGACCAUGCACUUGGUUCCGCAUGCUUAGAGCUCACCUUUGACGGAGAUCAAGUCGAAACGGAAGUUCAACUGCAGGAUCUGGAGCGGGUCUUCUGUGUUGGGGACACAGUAUGGGUUGUAGCGGGUGCAUACUUGGGCUUAGAAGGGCAUGUCAUUCAAAUAUCGGGUGAUAUAUUCCACCUUUGUCAAGAUAUCUCCAAGGAAGAGCAACAUUAUGAGCCUCCCCCUGACGAAUCUAUCCAAGUCAGAGACCGUAUAGAAGUACUCAUAGGGGAGCACAUGGGAAAAUGCGGGAUCGUGUCAUGGUUUCCUGUGGGAGCGGACGAAGCCGAGUACAGUUUAGGACCUCCAAUUAUCCAAGUUGCCGCCGCAUUUGUUCGAUGGACACACAUCUCCCAAACAAUCGCCUAUACGAAAGAAAGGGGCUAUGACGUCAGGCCUGGGGAUGUUGUUAGUGUCGCUCGCAGGCCGGAAUACCAGGCCAAGGGCGUUGUGCAGAGCGUUGACUUCCCAAAGGCGCGCUUGACACUACUAUCAGAAAGUGACCAGUCGCUCAUAUGUCAUAAACGAGGAAGUUUUCUUGAUUGGAGGCGACUGAAAGGGCUUCCGAGCUAUGUUAUACAGUAUUGGGAUGGAGAAUUGUGUCGUCACAGUGCAUGGGCAGGCACGUAUCAUGGUCAAAUGCCAGGAUGUUGCCACAAGGUAUGGAAUGAGAUUAAACGACGGUCGUACUUGACGUCGCCACAGCGAAGAUGUACUACCCCUCCUCCAGACCGAGUUCCCUCCGCUUCGUCUACUUCUAUUCGCACAGAUUCAAACAGCCUGUGGACAUCCUGGGAUGUCAACCCUGAGGAUACCAAUACUACUGAUACCAAUACUGUGGAGGGUCCUUCAUUAAGCGUUGACCCCAGUUCGUUGACACUCGACCCCUGGACUGUGGAUGCACAAGACAUCCAGGACAGUAUCGACGCCAGAGCUGAAAAAGUUCAAGAUAAUGGCCCUUUACCUUGGUUGAUGUCCAAGGAAUUUGCUUCGCAGCUCCUGACAUAUCACGCACUGUUGAAAGUCUCAUUAAGGUUCAAUGGAGGUGGAGGCAAGCUUCACAGACGAUUCGUAUCAACGGCCUGUCCUGACCCGUUCUGCGGUGCAAACGGACCCGCACCCAAGGGCUUUGUCGCAGUGUUUUGCGCAUCAAGCAAUAAGGGCGCUACACUUCAACACUAUCAUAUCCCUGCCGGUGAUCUGUGUCCAGUGCCUCCACGCAGAAAGAAUCAACUGUGCCUCAUUCUGGAUGGGGAUUUUCGAGGUCAGAUACGAACUGUCUCAAAGUGUAAUGUUAAGCUCAGUACUGCUGAGCUUGUGAUUGAGGGCUCGGAUGCUCCUAGUAUUAGCUUGCGUUUUGACCAGAUAUGUCUCGUGGAAUGUUUUGUGGUGUCAUAA